AUGUCGAAAGAUAAUGGUUUUCUCUAUCGAGACGGUGAGAAAGUUUUCUGCUAUCAUGGGAAGGUCAUUUACGAAGCAAAGAUAGUAGAUACCAAAUAUUAUGUUGAACCAAAUAGACACCCAAAAACAGGUUCAAUAGGCCCACAUUAUCAUAUACAUUAUGCGGGAUGGAAGUCUUCGUGGGACGAAUGGGUAGAUGAAUCAAGAUUAUUAAAAUGUAAUGAAGCAAAUUUGGAGAAAUAUAAACAAAUGUCAAGAUCUCUAAAGAAGCUAAAGCCCGCAAUGAAAAGAACUAUUAAUGAUUCACCUACAGAAAAAACAAGAAAAAGGAAAAGAGAACCGACUCCAAAGGAAAAGGAAGUAGUUGUCAAAAAACCAAAGCCGAAGGAGAUUAUAACAGUUCCUGAACCUCUUAGAGCUAUUUUGUUCCGUGAUUGGCAAAACAUUCACACACAUCAGUUGUUAGUACCUUUGCCACGGAAGCCAACUGUUACAGAUAUCAUAGAGGAUUAUCGUAAAAAUCGAAUGGUUUCUAAGAAAAUUGAAAAUUCCGAUGAUGGAAUCGAACAGGAAGUUAUCAACGGUCUGCAUUUUUAUUUCAAUAAAUGCGUAGGUACUCGGUUACUUUAUAAAAAUGAGAGAAAACAGUAUAGAGCCACACGGCUAAAUUACGAACAUUUGGAUAACUCUCAGAUUUUCGGUGCUGAGCAUCUUCUGAGAUUAUUCGUUGAGUUUCCAUUGUUAAUGGCAAAUACAUUCCUUAGCUUGGAGACUAUAAACGUCUUGAAAGUUCACUUAUCAGAAUUCUUAAAUUUCUUGAACGAGAAUCGAAGCAAAUACUUUAUUAAGGAAUAUGAAGAAAUUAAUAUAUGA